AUGGAGGCUUCGACGUUAGUCUUAACAUCUAAGGAGAAGGAUGUAAUUCCUAUUGACGUGCAAAGCCAUAUUGCUGUAGAAUCUGAAAAACUAAUUAGUGUAGCUCCUUCUGACUCGGGGAUGAAUGUUGACGAUGAGAUGGAAUCUGAUGAUGAAUUUAUUGAGAGUGUCUAUGUUGAAGAAUCUCCGAAAAAGGUGGUUGAGGAAUCGACUAAGUCAGAGGCAAAUGAAGGCUCGCGACUUGCCCUAGCCCUUAUGACAAUGAAAAAAAUGCCGCGCCUCGGUCCUCUUUUAGAUGAUAAUGCCAUUGGGUUGCGAAGUGGUUUGAUUCAUGAAGAACAAAAUGAUGAAGGUAGAUGGUCAGAGGGGGAAAAAUAUGAAGCUUUGGUACAAGGAAAGAUGCAAGGGGAAUUUUCUGUAUCAAGGAAACGGGGUCGGAAAUCUAAGGAAGAAAGAGCAAAGUCGCAGGCGGGCUUGGUUUUGCGAAGAUCGGAUUUUCUAGAUGUGGUAAAAGAAAGUUGGGAUCAGCCAAUAGAUGCUUUUGGUAUGGUUUCCUUGUCCCUCAAGUUGCAAAGACUCAAGUUGAGGCUUAAGGAAUGGAACAAGAGCUGCUUUGGGGAUGUCUUUGUCAACCUAAAAGAGGCGGAGGAAAGGCGGUUGCGACAAAGUAUUCAUAAAAUUCAAUCUAGGAGUGGCGAAAUGUUAACUGGAAUGGCUGCCAUUGAAAGUGAAGAGGCUGAUUUUUUCCAUGAGCUCUUAAAAGAGGAAGAAAACCCAAAGGGCACCGCUAUCCAACAAACCUCUUUGCAGCAUAUACAAAAAAUUUUGGGGAGUGAGGAUCAUGAAAUGCUCCAAAAGCCAAUCUCAAUUGAAGAAGUUAAGGAGGCGCUUGGAGUGCCAAUUCCAAGGUCUAUAACUAGUACCUUGAUCACUCUUCUUCCUGAGAAGGCAACAGGGGCGAAUGAGGUCAAGAAGCAAGAUUGGCGGUCUUGGAGUAGGGUUACUCUUCUGGUGCAAGAGAAUGGCCUUGGCUUGAGAAGUUUUCAUGAUGUCAUAGCUGCACUAACAUCUAAGUUGUGGUGGAACUUGAAGCAUAAGACAGGCAUCUGGAGUUCUUUCCUACUCUCAUUAUCAAAUGCGGCCAAGGAGAAAACAUCUUGGGCUAGGGUUAUGAAAAUUGAAGAAAAAACAGCUGCCCUUUCUAAGGUUAUUGUGCGAAGAGGUGUUAAGUUUGUAUACGGUGAAUGUGGAUAUCUUGGAGAUGGUGACUGUUUUCUUUACAAGAAAAAUGAGCACCAAAUGGAGGCAAAGUUGAGUCAGAAUGAGAAGUUAGUUGCUGAAAGAAUGACAGGAAGUUUGCCUAGUGAUACCAUAGAAAACCCUAAACAGGGUGUUCAAGAGCAAGCCAAAGUGGUGUCAUUUCGUAAUAGAAAGAAACUCACUUCUUCAAGUGAGGCCUCACAUUCCACACCUGUUGAAGCACCUGAGAAAGCUGAAGAUGUCAUAAAUCUCACUGAAGAAAAAGAAGAUGCAGUGGAUCCUAAGGCCAGGGGCAUUCCACAACAGGAACAGGCUUGUCGGGAAAUGCAGAAGUGCUUCAAGAUUGAUGCAGUAAAAGAGUCCAUUGAGAAGGCAUCUAUAGAGGUAAUUGAAUUCGAUGAAUUGCUUAAGCUACUAAUUGAUGUUGAUAUGGAUGCAGAGAUAACAGAUGAGAACUCGGCCAUGGCCUGUCUAAGUUACUUAGAUCAUUCCCCUAAGUGGCCAUACAAAAGUUAA